AUGCACGUGUGGCGUGACCCAGUGACCGGGGACAUCCCGUGGCCGGGAGCUCUGAUUGGGCUGACCACAGUGGGCAUCUGGGUCUGGUGCAAUGACCAGCUGAUGGUACAGCGCUGUCUGUCUGCCAAGUCUCUGAGUCACAGCAAGGCCGGGGCUGUGUUUGCCGCCUCCCUCAAGGUCGCCAGCUUCUUCCUCUGGAUAGUGCCUGGCAUGAUUAGCAGAGUUCUCUUCCCUGACGAAAUCGCCUGCGCCGACCCCGACACUUGCGAGGAGGUGUGUGAGAACAGGGCUGGGUGCUCCAACAUCGCGUAUCCUCUGCUGGUCUUGAGGAAAAUGCCACCAGGUCUGCGCGGGGUGAUGCUGGCGGCCCUACUUGCAGCACUCAUGAGCACGCUGACGUCUAUUUUUAACUCCGCCUCCUCCAUGUUCACCAUGGACAUUUGGCGGCGCAUCCGCAAGAGGGCGCCACAGGGCGAACUUAUGUUGAUAAACUUUCUGCACUUCGCUAUCAUCUUGUCCGGCGUCUCCAUCGCUUCUACCAUCAUCAUUUCUCUUAUGACGAAGCCACGGCCUCCACAGAAGUGCUUUGUCAUUGACGAUGAGGGGAAAGACGAAAGUUAG